CGGCGGCCGGAGCCAGGAGGGCCAGCGGACGGAGCUUCGCAGCGCGCCGACGGAGCGGGGCGGCGGGCGCCCCUUUCGCAGCCCAGCGGGUCCCUCGCCGCCGCCUGCCCAUAAGGCCUCCGCUUUCCCGCUUCAGCUACAGUGCUAGCUAAGUGGGGAAAGACCCACCGCGAGAGAAGCCCCUUUGCGCCCCGCUGGCUCGCCGCCUGCAGAGGAGGGAGCCCGAGGCGCCCCGGAGAGCGACAGCCAUGGCCCGGCCCGGCGCGGACUCGCAGCCCGACAGCCGGGGAUGCUGCGGAUCUUGUGGUAAUUACUUAACAUCUGCCAGAUUCCUCCUAUACCUUGGGCAUGCCCUGUCCACUUGGGGGGAUCGCAUGUGGCAUUUUGCAGUGUCUGUCUUCCUGGUUGAACUGUAUGGAAACAGCCUACUUUUGACGGCCGUUUAUGGACUGGUCGUGGCAGGGUCUGUCCUGCUUCUGGGAGCCAUUAUUGGAGACUGGGUAGACAAGAACUCGAGGCUUAAAGUGGCCCAGACAUCCUUAAUUGUGCAGAACGCAUGCGUCAUUUUAUGCGGCAUUCUUCUGAUGAUGGUCUUCUUGUUUAAGACUGAGCUGGUGGCCUUGUAUCAAGGUUGGCUCCUUACCCUGUGCUAUAUUCUGGUCAUCACAAUUGCCAACAUCGCCAAUCUGGCCAGCACUGCAACAGCGAUUACCAUACAGAGGGACUGGGUGGUCGUCGUGGCGGGCGAUAACAGAAGCAAGCUUGCAGGUAUGAAUGCUACAAUACGAAGAAUUGAUCAGCUGACCAAUAUCUUGGCUCCGCUGGCUGUUGGGCAGAUCAUGACCUUUGGAUCACCGGUGAUUGGCUGUGGUUUCAUUUCCGGCUGGAACUUGGUGUCCAUGUGCGUAGAAUAUCUGCUGCUCUGGAAAGUUUACCAGAAAACCCCUGCCUUGGCUCACAAAGCCAGUGCCAAGAACGAGGUGUCGGAAUUGAAGCAGCUGAACAUCCAGAAAGAGGGUGAAUCGAAGCCCAACGAAGGAGUCAAGUUGAUUGAUGGGAACGAUGUGACCAUCUUCGAGCCUCCAGAAGAGGAAGUCUCGUUUUGCUCUCGGAUAGCAGAGCCUUUCAGUACCUUCCGUGACGGAUGGGUCGCUUACUACAACCAGCCGGUGUUCCUUGCAGGCCUGGGCCUUGCGUUCCUGUACAUGACUGUUUUGGGCUUUGACUGCAUCACCACCGGCUACGCAUAUACUCAGGGACUGAGUGGUUCCACUCUAAGCCUCCUCAUGGGGGCGUCGGCCAUAACUGGAAUCAUGGGCACAGUCGCUUUCACUUGGCUGCGCCGUAGGUGUGGUUUGGUUCGCACCGGCAUCAUCUCUGGGAUCGCCCAGUUUGCCUCUCUGGUCUUCUGUGUGAUUUCAGUCUUCAUGCCGGGAAGUCCUUUGGACCUAUCCGUUUCCCCGUUCACAGACAUCAGUGCCAGAUUGUUCGAAAGCAGCCCGCUUCCAACUAUGGCGCCUGAAGCUGCGGUACCUGAAAUGCCCUUGACAACCGCCAUGCCCGUCUUGGCAAACGGAUCUGCGUUUGUGAACGGGUCCGAUCCAGGGAUGAGUCCCAGCUCUGUGCCUCUUGUCUCUGUGAGCCUCCUGUUUACAGGAGUCAUUGCUGCUAGAAUCGGCUUAUGGUCUUUUGACCUGACGGUCACACAACUACUCCAGGAAAACGUGAUCGAGUCAGAAAGAGGUAUUAUCAACGGCGUCCAAAACUCCAUGAAUUACCUCAUGGACCUGUUGCAUUUCAUCAUGGUUAUUCUAGCUCCUAACCCGGAAGCUUUUGGAUUGUUGGUUCUUAUUUCCGUUUCCUUUGUCGCUAUGGGCCACCUCAUGUAUUUUCGCUUUGCUCAAACAACUCUGGGGAGCAGCGUCUUUCUGUGUUGUUCCCGUGAGCCAAAGGUGGCAGUUACCGAUGACCCGUCGUCGCCUUCUGAUGCUUCUGAAUCCCUGAGUGCCUAGAGAAGUUCCUCUUCUUGUCAGCUCUUGUUUUUACAGCCCAUGUAAAAUUAUGUGCUAUAUUAUGGCUUGGAGCAACUGGCACUCCUCGGGAGUAGGGGUGCUCAACGCUCCACCUAUCCAAGCUUGUAACCAGUCCUGCUUCCUCUCCCCCAGUACCCCAUGCCCUUGGUCAGUUGUCCCAAGUGUGGAUAUUUUCCAGUUAGCAGUGACACAGCUUAUUUAUUCAAAGGGAGACUUCAUGAGGAGCUUAAAAAUUAACUACAAAUUAAAGACAGAUUAGAUACAAGGAACUCAUUUUGAGUUCUCUCAAAUCCUAGUAUUAAUGAUUGGGGGUCAGGGAGGAUAUUAAAGACCAUUAUGUGUAAUAUGACCAGGGUUCCUCCCACCCCUCCAUGUAACAUAGGUGUAUUGUGUUUUUGCCUCUGAAAGGAAAUGAAUUGCUGAUAAGUGUGACCAAAAUGGUACACAAAUGGAAUAAAAAAGGUUAUGUGCUUUAUAAAUUGCUCAAGCUCUGACAUACGCUUGGGGGAAAAAAUACAGGAACAACCUUUUCUGUGAUGUUUAUCAUGGUUUAACUUUGGAGAAAACAUCUUUGUUGCUUUAAUAUACUACUCGGCAAAUAAGAAAUAGUGCAAAAUAACAUAGAAUAUACAUGUAGCACUUCCUAGGAACUGAGAAUUGCCUGGUGUUGGCAGAAGCUAUAUGUGUAUUGUAGCAUUGUUAAGCAUAGUGCUUUUUUUCUUUAGAAAUACCGUAUUUUCUAUACUUUGGAUUCACAAUAAUAAGGACCAGAUAAUCUAAGUCCAAGGCACAAGGACAUAUGAUACACAGAGAGAACUUCAGUUCUAAGAGGCCUUUCCCCCCAAAUAUUGAACAGGUACUUGAGCUGAAAAUCUCAAACCACUUAUAUUAGGGUACCCCACUGACGUUCCAAAAAGUGUUCUGAUCUAAAAUAUUGGAGGAUUGUAGCUGACGUAUACUCCAUUAGUAACUUCUCUACAUUUCUCUUAGAAAUGAAUGGAAACUGUUCCGAGGGUAUGUUCUUUUGCCAAGGCGUGUACAGGCAGUAUUUCUGAAUGGAUUGUACCCCUGUUUUGUUUUGUUUUAAAGUGAGAAAUACUUUUGAGGUGAACAUAGCAUGUUAGCACAUGAUAAUCCAAAUGUAAUGAAAUGCAAAAAAAAAAAAAGAUCCUGAUCCUCAUGUGUUACAAGCAUGUUUCACACAUGCAGUUGCACAUGAUGCUGCCACUCGCUGAACAGAGGGUUGGCACUGUUGCCUUUUGACAAUGCAAAAGUGUGAACUGACUGUGCCUAUCAGGGCUUUUUUUCUGGGAAAAGAGUUGGUGGAACUCAGGGGGUUGCCCUCGGAGAAAAUGGUCACAUGGCCAGUGGC